AUGUCAGAUGAACCAUUAUCCGAAACAUCAUCAUCAUCAUCAUUUGUCCCGGUACAAUUACAAGAUGCAAUUCAAGUAAUAGAUGAAUUUAAAAAUUUUAAUAAUGAAAUUUUAGAAUAUAUUAAUAAAACUUCAAUUUCAAAUAAUAAUUAUCAUAUAAUUUCAGUAUUUGGAUCACAAUCAACUGGUAAAUCAACAUUAUUAAAUAAAUUAUUUAAUACAAAUUUUGAUGUUAUGAAUGAAAACAAUAGACAACAAACAACAAAAGGAAUAUGGUUAGCUCAUUCACCAUCUAUAUCAUCAACAAAAGGUCAGUUAUUAAAUAAAUCAACAAAUAUAUUAGUUAUGGAUGUUGAAGGAACAGAUGGUAGAGAAAGAGGAGAAGAUCAAGAUUUUGAAAGAAAAGCUGCAUUAUUUGCUUUAUCAACUUCUGAAAUUUUAAUAUUAAAUGUUUGGGAACAUCAAAUUGGUUUAUAUCAAGGUGCAAAUAUGGGAUUAUUAAAAACUGUUUUUGAAGUUAAUUUGACAUUAUUUGGAAGGAGUAAGUUGGAGAAGAAGAAUUCAGCAGAUCACAAAGUAUUAUUAUUAGUUGUUAUAAGAGAUCAUGUUGGUAAUACUCCAAUUGAAAGUUUAUCAAAUACAAUAACUCAAGAUUUAAAAAAAAUGUGGAAUUCUUUAACAAAACCUCAAGAAUUUGAAAAUUUAAAAUUUGAAGAUUUUUUUGAUAUUGAUUUUCAUGCAUUAAAUCAUAAAAUUUUACAACCUGAACAAUUUGUAGAAGGUGUUGAAAAAUUAGGUGAUAGAAUAUUGGAUGAAAAUGAUUUAUUUAAACCUGAAUAUCAUCAUAAUAUACCAAUUGAUGGUUGGACAUUAUAUGCAGAAAAUUGUUGGGAACAAAUUGAAAAUAAUAAAGAUUUAGAUUUACCUACACAACAAAUUUUAGUAUCACAAUUUAAAUGUGAUGAAAUUGUUGAAAAUAUUUAUAAUGAAUUUUUAAAUAAAUUUAAGGAGCAUUUUAGAGCUAUACAAGAUGAACCAAAUUUUGAAGAAUUAGGUAGUUUAUUCAAUGAUUUAAAAAAUGAUAUAUUAGAAGAUUAUGAUCAAUUAGCUACAAAAUAUAAUCAAUCUGUUUAUGAACUGAAAAGAUCAAAAUUGGAUACAAUGAUUAAUAGUAAAUUUAAGGACGUAUUUGAUAUAUAUUCAAAACAAUUAAUUGAAAAUUCAAAAUUAACAUUUGAAAAAGAUUUAGUAGCAUUAAAAGGACAAAAUUUUAUUGAAGAAUCUAAAAGAUUAUCAUCAAACAUUCUUAAUUCAAUAGCCAAAAAUUUAGAAUUAAUUUCAUUAAAUGGAUCAAUAGAUUAUAAAGAUUUAACCACGACAUUUGAAAAAGACAUUAAUCAAAUAAUUUUAAAACAACAACAAAUUGAAUUAGAUAAUAUAAUAAAUAAAUCAAUUAAAAAAUUAAAUAAUAAUUUAACCAAAUACAUGCAAUUUGAAAUAAAUGAUCCAAAUGAUAAAACAUGGGAUAAUAUAUUAAAUAAAUUUAAUGAAUUAAUUAAAGAAAUUUCUAUAAAGUAUCCAAAUAAUGAUUUUAAAUUAAAUACAACAAAACAACAAAAUGAAGAAUCAAUUACAAAAUUUAAAUUUAAAUCAUGGAAUAAUUUAUAUGAAAAUAUACAUAAAUUAAUUUACAAGGAAAAAAUUUUAAAUUUAUUAAUUUCAAAAUUUGAUGAUAAAUUUAGAUAUGAUUUAAAUGGAUUACCAAAAUUAUAUCAAAAUUCUGUGGAAUUAGAAAAUAAUUUUAAAUUAGCUAAAGAUCAAGCAUUAAGAAUUUUACCAAUUUUAACUUUAGCUAAAUUAAGUGAUGAUAGUGAAAUUAUACCUGAUUUUAAUAUAUUUGAUACAAAUUUGAGGACAAAAUAUGGUUUAAAAUUAUUUGAAAAUGAAGAAGAAGAUGAUGAAGAUGAAGAUCACCAAAAAAAUUUAGAAACAAAUGCAUUUGCUGAAAUUAUUAAUGAAUCAGAAAAAUCAGAAAUUUAUAUAAAAUUUAAAAAAGAAAUAGAUGCAAAAUUUAUUGAAACAAAAAGAUCAAUUGUUCAACAUAUAACAUCAAUACCAUAUUAUAUAUACAUAAUAAUAAUAAUAUUAGGAUGGAAUGAAUUUAUGGCAAUAAUAAGAAAUCCAUUUACUUUUGCAUUAUCUAUAUUAUUAUUAGCUACAAUUUAUAUAUUAUAUUCCAUGAAUUUAUUAAAACCUGCUAUUACAAUAGCAACAAAAUUAAUUGAUGAAAUUAUAAUUGCAGGAAAGACAAAAUUAAAAGAAAUUUUAAUUGAUGAUUUUGAAAUUCAAAGUCGAAAUUUAUCAAAAAUUAGUGGAAUAAAACAUGAAAAUCAUGAAGAAGAAGAAGAAAUUAAUAAUAAAAUUGAAGAACCAAAAUAUGAAGAAAAUAUUGAAUUAGAAGAAUUUAAAAAACCAAAAGUUAUAGUUGAAGAUAUAAGUGAAGAAUCAAUUUAA